ACGUCACUCCGUGGUACCCUUUUUUCCUCUUCUUCCCCCUCCCCGUUUUCUCUCCAGUUCAACCCACGGUGAAGAUCGCCCCCUCAGAGGGCUCUUUGGCCCAAAACAUUUUGCUGAUUUGCACCGUGGACAAAUUCUUCCCCUCGAAGAUCAAAAUCACCUGGUUCCGAAACGGGAAGGAGGAAGACGAGAGUUGAGUGUUCACCACGGACCUGAUCCGGAACGGGGACUGGACCUUCCAGAUGGCGGUGAUGCUGGAGGCCCAGCCGGAGCGGGGAGACGUCUACGCCUGCCAGGUGGAGCACGCCAGCUUCCCGGAGCCCGUCACCGUCCAGUGGGAAGCCCAGUCGAAAUCCGCCC